UGAUGAACUUGUAUAUAUAAACCCGCAAUGCAAGCUGAAUUCUUCACACACACCCAUCCCUCAAACCAUUUUAAGACAUUGCUUGCGUUGUGUUCUUAGCUUCCAGCAAUAAUGGCUUUAGUCAUGAAAUCACUUGUUGCCAUCUUCCUCUUCCUGUGGACUUGCACAUCUCGUGUUAAAUCCAUUCGUCCGGCCAAUGAUGAGUCAUCCAUUGUCCAGAAACAUGAACAAUGGAUGACCUUGUACGGCCGGACCUACAAAGACAAUGAAGAAAAAACCAAACGACAAGAGAUAUUCAAGAAUAACUUAGAGUUUAUAGAGAGGUUCAAUAAAGAAGGAAACAAGAGUUUCAAGUUGAGCCUAAACCCUUUUGCUGACUUAAGCGAUGAAGAAUUUUAUGCCUCUCACACCGGAGCUAUCCACCACCACAACAAACAACCUCAUCGGAACGUCAGCAACAUGAUGAGUGCUGAUAACAUUGAGCCGCCUAGCUUGGAUUGGAGAGAGAAAGGAGCUGUCAACGACAUAAAGAACCAGGGGGUUUGCGGGAGUUGUUGGGCUUUUUCCGCCGUGGCAUCCGUUGAAGGAAUUAUCAAAAUCAAAACGGGAAACUUGCCUUCAUUGUCUGAGCAACAAUUGGUAGACUGCGCCACCGUCACCAACAACGGUUGCGGCGGAUACGACAAGGACAAAGCAUUUGAAUAUAUAGCAAACCAAGGUCUUAGCAGCGAAACAGAUUACCCAUACAUGGCCACAGAUGGGAUGUGUGAUGCACAAAAUAUGAAUUCUGUGGCCAGGAUCAGUGGUUACUCCGAUAUAACUCCAAACAAUGAGCAAGAAAUGCUGAGGGUAGUGGCUAUUCAACCUAUCUCAGUAUCAAUUGAAGCUAGUGGACAAGCAUUUAAGUUUUACUCUCAGGGUGUUUUCACUGGUGAAUGUGGGUAUAGUCUUAACCAUGCAGUUAAUAUAAUUGGGUAUGAUCAGGACACAUAUGGAAAUAAAUAUUGGUUGGUAAGGAACUCAUGGGGAACAAAGUGGGGUGAGAAUGGUUACAUAAGGAUGCUAAGAGAGGGUGGUGAACCUCAGGGCCUUUGUGGCAUUGCCAUGCGUCCUUCUUAUCCCAUUUAUUAAGAAUAAUAUUACACCUUUAAAUAUUUUUAUAAAUUAAAUCUAAUUAAAUUAAAUAAUAAGACUUUAAAAUAAUGGUACUACUUAAUUACUUUAUGUGCUUAAUUAAUAAUAUAAAAAGCCAGUUAUGUGAUGAUAACUACGCAUUAUCAUAUUGCUUAUGCUAUAUACCUUAUAAAAAACUAGCUUCUCAAGUAGCUUCUUGUUAGAAGCAUCUACUUUUAACUCGAGUGUAUUUGGUUCGAAGCUGGCACUGAGGAAUCAGAACCUUAUCAUCAUCAUAUAUGUAUGUUAUUCCAUUUGAAUAAACUGUGUAUUAAUGUAUGUAUUUGUGUAUUAGUGUAUGUACUCUUUGUGUGACGUAUGAAAAAUAAAUAUUUACUUUUU